CAUUAUUCGUGUGGGAUUUGUGCUGUUUUUACGAUAUAUUUAAUUAUUUGUGCAUCAAAAAAUAACCAAAACAAUUUUAUAUUGUUAUCUUAAUAAUUGCCGACCUAGCCACCUUAGAAUCUACUGGUGUUUAACAGACUAAGACCCCAUCAAAAAUGGGUGGAAAGGCUGAAAAAGGCACACCAAAGUACAUAGCAAACAAAAUAAAAGCUAAAGGCCUCCAGAAGCUCCGUUGGUACUGCCAGAUGUGCCAGAAACAGUGCCGCGAUGAGAACGGUUUCAAAUGUCACACUAUGUCGGAGUCCCACCAAAGGCAGCUGUUGUUGUUUGCUGACAACGCUUCGAAAUACAUUGAUGAGUUUUCUAAAGAGUUUGCUGACGGUUACGUGGAGCUGUUGAGGCGGCAGUUUGGGACGAAGCGGGUUAAUGCAAACAAAGCUUAUCAGGAUUAUAUUUCGAACAGAGACCACCUCCACAUGAACGCCACCCAAUGGGAGACGCUCACAGAAUUCGUCAAGUGGCUGGGCCGAGAGGGCAAGUGCGUGGUGGACGAGACAGAAAAGGGCUGGUUCGUGGCUUACAUCGACCGGGACCCUGCGGCCGUCGCUGCCAUGGAGGCUAAGGCAAAGAAGGAGAAGAUGGACAAAGAUGAUCAGGAAAGAAUGCUAGAGUUUAUCCAGAAGCAAGUAGAACGAGGCAGGAAAGAGGGAGACGACGGCACACCCUCCUACAGCGAGUUCAAGCGAGAGAGCAGUCAGGAGAGGAUCUCACUCAGUCUCACCCUUAAGAGGAAAGCAGAUGAUAAAAAACUAGAACUAGCCACAUCUGCGCUAAAAUCUAAAAGCAAAGGUGAGUCCUCAAGCAAGAAAGUAAAAGAAGUAUCUUCUAGCAAGAAGACAAAAGAAGAUAAAGAUAGAAGUAAGAAGAAUGCGCUGGACGAGAUCAUGGAGAAGGAGCAACGGGCUAAAGAAAAAAAUCAACGGAAAGAUUACUGGCUAACAGAAGGCAUACUUGUGAAAAUCGUGACCAAAUCAUUAGGGGACAAGUACUAUAAAAGAAAAGGAGUUGUCGAAAAGGUGAUAGAAAAGUAUGGAGCCCUAGUGAAGCUGGUGGAUGAAGGCACCAGGAUUAAGUUAGACCAGAACCACCUGGAAACGGUGAUACCCUCCCCUGGACGCAGCGUUUUGUUCGUGAACGGGCCGCACCGGGGCGCUAAAGGAAUACUGAAGGAGAUAGAUACGGAUAACUUCUGCUGUCUAGUGGAGAUAACUAGCGGCUCGCAAUCCGGAAGAGUAAUAAAAGACGUCCAAUAUGAACACAUCAGCAAAAUGGCGGCGUGA